UGUGUUACUCGGACUGUACGCCGUAGAAGCUUUUCAAGAUGGCGUCUCAGCAACAGCUGCAACCCGGUGGACCGAUGUCUCAGCCUGGAUUACAACCUUCUUCAUUACAACAACAACAACAACAACAACAACAGCAGCAGCAGCAGCAAUUGAGCCAGCAGCAAGACUUUGAUCCAGUUCAUAGAUUUAAAAUGCUUAUUCCACAGCUGAAGGAGAGUCUGCAGAAUGUUAUGAAGAUUGCGUCCCUGAAUUUUGCCCAUAACACUACAAUUGACAACGGCAUCAAAAGCAGCGACACCUCUGUUCAGCGGUUUGACAAGAGCCUAGAGGAGUUUUAUGCCCUUUGCGAUCAACUGGAGCUGUGUUUGCGGCUGGCAUAUGAGUGCCUCUCCCAGAGCAUAGACAGCGCCAAACAUUCACCCAACCUGGUCCCAACAGCCACCAAACCGGACACAGUGCAGACAGAGUCCAUGUCUUAUGCCCAAUACCUCGGCAUGAUCAAGUCUCAGAUCUCCUGCGCCAAAGAUAUCCACAAUGCUUUGCUGGAGUGCUCCAAGAAGAUUGCCGGGAAGGUACAGCCUCAGGGAAUCAUGUAGACCUGGUUUAACUAUCCCAACUCUUUCUACGUCUUCAGAUU